AUGUGGUGUUGUUUAUACACGUUGAAACAAGCUGAUGCAGCACAAGAGGUUCAGUCAUCCAGUGAACAGUAGCUCGCCGACCAUUGACCAGUGUGGUAGCGUCAGUUUUAUAUUCUCCCGAAAGGAAGGAGGGCGGCCUCUUCCACUCCGCCAUUGUGUUUUUUUUAAAGCGAUCGAUCUUUCCUCUUCAGUUGGACUUGAAAAUCAACAAGUGUGUUUGCUGUCAGUGUGGCCAUGUGAUCUCUAGUGAGCGCAUCUCUUCAACGUUACCCUGUGCUGUAAAUGUAUAUACUUAUUGGGCACGAAAUCUAAUCAAAACUUAUUGAUUACUGUGUGUCUUGUUUGUUGCGUGACAACAGUUUGGGAAUAUCGAUGGCGCCACUCAGUAGUCGUCUCGUGUUGUUAGUAUUCUCCGUCGUCAUGACUACGCAAAUUUUAGGUCUCAAGUUUGACAAAAGUAAACAUUUAGAAGUGACCGCGGGAGCUCCCGCGGGUACCAUCGUCGGAAAGUUAAGAGUCAUCAGCCGUGCGGCUGGCGGGACAUUGGUCGGCGAGCAUGUCGGUAUCAAUUUUUCAUUGCACAAUUCCAGUGACUACGCCGAUUUUCACGUCGAUCCGAGAUCCGGUCUUUUGUCUGUCGCCAGAAAGGUGGAUCGUCCGGUUAAUUCAACCUAUCAGAUAAUCGUCCGUGCAAUGCUGGCAAAAUCGAGGAGUGGCGAUACAGAUCGAUUCGAAAUUCGAGUCACGGAACCGACCCAACCAUCGGAUGAGUCUCGGCUUCUCAUGGAUUCUAACCACUACGACGGUGAAAUAGAUCCAGACAGUCCGGUAGGAAUGGCCGUCAUUGAAGUGAUGGCCUUUGUUAAUGGCAGCCAUAACGAAAUGCCGGGCAACGUCACUUAUUUCAUGGAAUCAUUUCCGGACGAAGAAUUGUCGUUUACGGCCAUCAAAGAUUGGUUUCGGAUGGACAACCGGACGGGCGUGGUCCAACUCCUCCAAUCACCGCAGGCGGGCAUGAAAGCCCACAAUGUCACUUUCAUGAUCGGAGCCAGAGAGCACAACCAAUCGCUGGAAAGUAGAGCCCCGGCCGUCGUUCUUUUCCACGGAUUGCCCAGGCCACGAAAUGUGACGGUGACUAAGCUAUCAGCCGACGCUGCCGUAAUCUGUUGGAAAUUUCCGCUAGCCGCCGGAGCUCAAGGUUAUGUUUUGCGUUACUGGCGUCAUCCGGCGUCACUAAUAUCUAGCGAUGGUGAUUCCACAUUAGUCGGAAUGGCGCCUCCAGUUCCACUGGAGCUGAAAAUUAUCGACAUGGACGGUCCGCCCACUACAACAGUCAAUACGACAAACGACGAGAUACGGACCGUUUGUUCCAGUUUGAAGCAACUGGAAUCGGAGGCCGCCUACAAGUUGCAAGUGUCGGCCUGCGCCGGCGGCGACGCCACCGCAAUAUGCGGCGACUCAAUCGGACCAGCUAGCGCCAUUCUCCACUUCACCACUCAGACCAAUCAUUGCUUACUGGAAGGCACUUGCGUGACGGGCGAAUGUCAGAUACUGUUCGAACCGCCCGGUUUCGAGUGUCUCUGCCAUUCGGGCGACUACGGCCGCCAUUGCGAGUUAUACGACCCUUGCGUCUUAACGCCUUGUCAGAACGGCGCCACUUGCCGCAAUUUUGUAAAUGGCACGUACGAAUGCCAAUGCCUUGAAGGCUUUGAAGGUGAAAAUUGCAUCGUCCCUGUUGGUCCGGCUUGCCUUCAUGAAGAACCUUGUCUCAACAACGGCACAUGCUCCAAAGAUGGAUGCCAUUGUCUUCCGGGCUAUGAAGGCUCCCAAUGCGAAGGUUUCAAUCCUUGCUGGAAUGACCCAUGCCCCGAAAAGGCAAACUGCACCGUUCUGCUAGACAGCAAUGAAUUUCAAUGCGUCUGUCCUCUAGGCUUCAGAGGACUCGCAUGUGAUGAAGCAAUUGAUUACUGCAUUCUCGAUCCGUGUAAAAACGACGGUCAGUGUACCAGCAAGGACGGCUUCUAUCACUGUGAAUGUACUAGCGGUUUUCGAGGCGUUGACUGCGAACAAGACGUGGAUGAAUGCCAAUCUGGCAAUCCGUGUGAGAACAACUCCACAUGUCUCAAUCUACCGGGAUCGUUCACCUGUUUGUGUCCACCAGGUUUCACAGGAGCGAGAUGCGAACAAAAAGAAGAAGCCUGUCUUUCAUCUCCAUGUCGGAAUAAAGGUGUAUGUCAAAAUGAUUUUGAAAAUCAUAGUUAUACCUGUUUCUGUCGACCCGGUUACGAUGGUCGUGAUUGUGAGAAUAACAUAGACGACUGUAACCCGGAUCCCUGUCUCAAUGGGGCGGCCUGUCGGGACUUGACGGACGCAUUUGAAUGCCUUUGUAAAACUGGUUUUUCAGGUCUACGUUGCGAUCAUGAAGACCCUUGUCCAGAAGAAAUGGAAGAAUCUGUUGAGAAAGGCUCUUUUCAUUGGCCGGCUACAGAGAUAGGUCAAAUGGCCACAUUGGCAUGCCCUUUUGGUUCAGUGACUACGCUAGAGGCGAAAUCGAAGCGACCGAUUCCAACGGGCCUAGUAACAGACACAGAAUUUCGAGAACGUCAGGAACGCAUGAAAUUCGACGAGUUUGCAACAUUCGCAGUGCGAUCAUGCGACAGAUUAACAGAUGGAACAGCUAGUUGGAAGAUUUCUGAUUUAUCCGCAUGUCGAGAACAAAGACUAGCCAUUGCUGAAGAGAGAUCAGCUAUACUGGAAAACAUAUCCAUUGCUGCGAAAAAUUUAACGCUGAUUGGAGUGGAACAAGUGGCAGAUGAAGUGGCUAGUUUAGUCGAAGACGCCCUAAUGGAUCUCAACGUGGCGCAUAAUUUUUUCAAUACCUUAUCCAACGUCAUGGAAGUCGAUGAUGACGUUUUGAGCUCUUCCAAUAACAGCUGCGAUCGAUUAUUGGAUGCCAUCGAACGUUAUACGAGUCAAGUUCAUUUGGAACCCGAUCAGCCUGUUGUCUUGGCCACGCCCAACAUUGCUAUUGAAACUCUAUACCAUAGUAAACGAGAGUCUUACUCUUUUCGCCCGUCCUUUGAUGGAGAUCCAUUAGCCAGCAAUAUGAUAUCGCUGACGAUACCUAAGGAAGCCCUAGAAGGAUCCAAUGAUGGUGUUCGAUUACAGUUCGUAUCCUAUAAGAGUGGUAAACUGUUCCAAAGCCGCACGAAUCGCUUGCCUGGACAACCGGCUAUGGUUCUGGCUGCAACAGUGGGCCAUCUUUCCGUUUCCGGACUCAGUGAACCCGUGACUUAUACAAUGCCCUUAGUGAACAGCAGUUCCUUCUACUCGUGUGUCUACUGGGAUGAAUUAGAAAAGGAAUGGUCAACGAAAGGCGUUAAAACGACAAAGACAGAGUCGGGAAUGAUUAAAUGCCUGUCAGAUCACUUGACGGCUUUCUCCAUUUUACUCGAUCCGACACCCAUGGAUCGCAUAUCCGGUUUCCAUGAAUAUAUUCUAAGGAUAAUCAGUUACGUCGGCUCUGGAUUGAGUAUCCUCGGUCUAUCCGUCACCGUACUGCUCUACAGUCUUUUUAGGAAUUUGAGGAGAGACCGAGGUGGCAAAAUUUUAUUGAAUUUGAGCAUUUCUCUUUUGAUGCUCAAUAUCAUCUUCCUUGUGGGUUCUAUCCUUGGAACUACUUUUAAAAAUGUGGAUCUGGAACAACGUGCUAAAAUGUCCGACCGAGUGUGGGCAGUCGGAACGGAAUCGCCAGUUAAUCAGGCGCAUGUAGACAUUUGUACAGCGUUGACCAUCGGCGUCCAUUAUUUGGUGCUGUCAUCUUUAUCAUGGAUGUUGGUCGAGGCCGUUCACAUGUACCAGUUGCUUAUUCUCGUCUUUGCCAAUAGCGAAACGUGUUUCAUGCUGAAACGGAUGGUCUCCGCUUGGGGUGUACCGUUGAUUAUUGUCAUCACCACGGGUCUAACGUCCUUAGAUUAUUAUCAAGAUCCUACGGGACAGACAUGCGGCAGUAUGUCACACGACCAUCUGACCAUCUAUUACGGCGCAUUCAUCGGACCCACUUGUCUCAUCCUUUUAAUCAACUCAACCGUAUUCUUCAUGGUACUUCGAGUUAUCCUGAUGCAAGGGCAACGAGGAAGAGCUGUUGGUAAAGUGGCCACUGAGAACGGGAACGGCGCUGGUGGAGGCAAUCGCCUAAUGAUCAUGGCUCAAUUGCGUGGAGCUGUGACGGUCAUGGCCUUGUUGGGUGUCACCUGGGUAGCUGGCGCUCUGGCUAUUGGUCCAGUCAAAGUGUUUAUGACCUACGUCUUUUGCGUUUGUAAUUCACUUCAAGGCUUCGUCAUCUUUGUUGUCAGAGUUUUCCAGUACCCCGAGGCUCGGCAAUCGUUCGUCACUUUGUGGAACACUGGACAGACACACAUUCCUUAUGAUGCGACCCGUCAUUCUUCUGGACCAACUAUUAAUUCUUCCGGUUCGGCCACUGGCCAGUCGAGUGCCCAUGCAGUUUUAAGAGCACGCAAAACAAUGUCCAUCAAUUCGAGAUCUUCAGGACGAAACAUGGGGCCCAUUACUCGUGGCCCUGACGAUUCAUUGACUCCGUCGCAAGCCCCAACCCUUCCGCUUGGUGAUCCGACCAACUCUGCUUCGCCUUCAUUAUCUUACCAGCACUGGUUCCCUUCCGCAACGGCAUCGCCUGCCAGCAAUGGAUCAACUCAAUCUCGAUUUAGACGCAUUUUUGGCCAACUAGGACUGGAACCAUCUUCAUUAAGAAUCUCAUCCAAAUCAAAUGGAAAGUCUACUGGCUCUCAUUCGUUAUUGGAACGUCAUGUUUCUGGGGCGACAAACCCGCCUCCGUCGCCGGGCGAUAAAUCACAUCAAAUGCUUAGCGAACCAUCGCCAUUGCCAGAAGAAUUGAUCAAACCGAAUUUCAUGAUUGGCGAAGAGAUUUCCCUUUUGCAUCCGGCUAUUUCAUCGGAAGAGCCAUCCGUUUGUAACAAACGCUCCUCUUUGAUCAGUGCAACGGGCGCGAGUAGCAAAGAAGGAGCCAAUACAUCAUGGACCUAUCUCCGGCCGGAAAAUGAAAUCGCUGACGACGAUCAAAUGGAUAAAGGAUCUGCCUCAGCAUUAAAACCCUCCGAUGGAUUGAUCGCUCGUCGACGAGCUGCAUCUUUCGUCGUUCAUUUACCCACCGAAUCGAUUCAAAAUGCGUUGUUUGAUGAGGCACCAGAUGGCCAGCGUCCCAUUCGGAGAACUCAGUCACUCCGCGAAGACGAUUCAGAGUUGUCCGUAACCUUCCGCGACGGCCAACUGUCAUUGCCUCUUCGUGAGCCUUUGUUUCAUUCCUAAAUGUUUCGCUAGAUGGCAGCAGUUUACGUGUGGCCCAUUUCCAAAAAUCUGACACAUUCAUAACAUAUACAAUGUCUGACGGGCACGUCAGAAAAGUCUCUUUGAUGCUUGGCAAUUUCGGACAACGAUUGCCCAGCUAGAAAAGAAAGAAAACAAGUAAUAUAAACAGCCAAAGAAAGCAUUCAUUCGAACCCCAGCGUCGAUAUUAUAUACAAACUAUUAAAGGUUCAUAUUGCUAGUCCAGCUGAUUGCGCACCAUGCUCUUCCUUUUUUCUUUUUCUCUGUUUGUUUCUUUUACGUUGAUUGAUUCAUCUUGCCUUUCUAUUGUACCUACAAUCUAUAAUAUGGAUAUAUCGUUUGUAUAGCACAAUAGCUAAAUUUCAAAACAAAAUAUUUCCAAGGCUUUCAAUGUGUCGUGCAAUUCAACGGGUCGCAAGGAAAAGGCCUCUGCUUUUAUUGUGCAUCAAACAAUUUUAUGUGUGUUUUGUUUUUAGUGGGAGGUACAAAAAGAAAGAUGGAACGCUAUUUGGAAUGUGACGGCGUGACACUAAAGCACGUGUAGGAUAUUGUUUCCCACCAAAAAAAAAUUAAAAUGUUACAAUCUUU